AUGGCUCGAACCAACCGCUCUCUUCCAUCUCAACCCACCACUCUGCUUAACCUCAACGCCCUCCUCCGCAGCCCCUCCCCGCUCAACCACAACGAAACAAUCCUCCCAAUCGACAGCCUGAUAGCAUUAUCCAGCCACCAAACGACUUACCCCGCCAUCCACCACACACCUGCACAGGCGCCUCUCGCUCCAGACGAGCCAGGCAUUCCCCGGCCUAUCUCCAUCACACCCCCAGAGCCAGCCUUGCUCCGCCCCCGCCCUCACACCCAUAGCAACCCCCCCGCAUACACAACCAUCCCAUCCACGCCUCCGUCUCUUGAUCUGGAUUCCCAAGCCCAAGACCAACCCCAAGACGAACCCGAACAGGCAGCACCACCCUCCUACCCGCAACACCUAACAACGGACCCCCCCGCGCCGGCCUACACAAAAGCCGACCAGCGCCGCGGCCGCAAGAUCCGGUUUCUGGAUGUCCUUCGGGGCAGACGGCGCUCGGAGAAGGUCUACUGGGUCUUUAUGGGGGUUUUGAUAUGUCUUGCUUUGGGCGCGUUGUGUUUUGGGGUUGUUGAGUGGGGGUUGGAGAGGACGGGGAGGGGGCUUGGGGGGAGAUAG